UCACAAUUUGACUAUGCAAAGAACUCAUGUUUCCAACAAAUCAGAAGAAUACCGGAUGACGAUAUCUCAAAAGAACUAAAAAACAUUAUCCAGAUGUAACGCAACAUUAUAUAAGAAAAUCAGUCGAUUUCUGACAAUCAUAAAAAGAAACAUAUAGUCUAAUCGAGAAAUAAUGAUCGAAGGCAAUCGUACAUGAAAUUAAUGCAAUAAUUUUUUAAAACGAAAAUUGACUACAUGAUGUAAUUCCAAGUCAGCCGUAAGGCAUGUAGAUAAUAAAAAACAUUGUCUCAACGUAACCUAUAUAAUUAUAUUAUUUAGUUAGCCUACCGUAUUAACGAUGGAGGUUGUAUAAGAUAAUGUAACCCAAAGCCAGCCUCCAGGCAAAAAAGAUAAAAAAAAAAUGAUAAUGUAUGACAUAUUUCAUACAUACAUUACAGAAUUUCUGACAGUUAUAAAGCCAGACUUGUAUUAAUUAGCAAUUUUUUUUUAUUCUUGCAGACUUUGCUAUGAGUGUUGAAAAGAGAUUGCAGAUAUUGUGCCUCCAUGGAUACCAUCAAAACAAAGAUAUUUUCAAGAAGAAAAUUGGCUCUUUUCGGAAACCUCUAAAGAAAUACGCAGAUUUUCAUUUUAUAGAUGCUCCUCAUCUACUAAAUGGAUCUAAUUCACAAGAAGGCACACUUGAUUCGGCAUACCUUCCAAACAGAUCUGACAAUAUUUGUACAGAUGGACGUGGUUGGUGGUUUAAACAAGCUUCUGACGAGAAAAGUGAUGGAUUACAAGAAAGCCUAAAUUUUUUUAUGAGAACUCUAGAAGAAAAUGGUCCUUUUGAUGGUGUUAUGGGAUUUUCACAAGGUGCUGCUUUCCUAGCCUUGGCAUGCAUCUUACUCCAAGACAAAUUGUCCUCUUCAUCAGUGAAGUUCGUCAUCUUUGUGGCUGGAUUCAAGUCCCAUAUACCGUUUCAUACAAAAUUCUACGAUACUCAAACAAAAAUUAACAUUCCAUCUCUACAUGUGAUUGGAGAUACGGAUGAAGUUAUUAGUUCAAGUCGUAGCAGAGAGUUGUUAGAGCUGUUUGACAACAGUGAAGUAGUAACGCACCCUGGUGGACAUUAUGUACCAGCUACAAAGGAUCUCAAAGUUUUAUACAAACUGUUCAUUGUGAAAUUUGUAACUACUUGUGCAUAGCACAUUUAGGCCAAAUUAUUCAAACAUUUUAGUGUAAAAAGACGAUCAGUUUCUAAAUAAGAAUACAAAUUUUAUUUGUAA